AUGAAGUCCAAGGGAUUCCAAUGGAGUGAUGCACUGGAGUUUGUGGACACCCCUAAAGAGGGAAUAGCGGUGAGAGCUUUGUGCGAGUUGAAGGAAGGUGAUGUUAUGCCCAAAAUGCCAAAGGAAGCUUGCCUCACCACCAAGACUAGUGGGGCACGUGAGAUCAUGGAAGAGGCUGGUUUGGAUGGUCAUUUGGGGCUAGCAUUUGCUGUCAUGUAUGAGACAAGCUUGGGUGGGGGGGGGGGACUCUCCCCUUGGAAUGGAUACCUUCAACUCUUGCCUUACCAAGAGUGCGUGAUUGUUUGGAGCCUCAAUGAAGUAAACGAGCUUUUGUUUGGUAUUGUUCAGCUUAAUAAUCAUGGAGGAUGUUUUUGGUUUAUUGGUUGA